GCAGCCCCAGGUCCUCAGCAUAAUGGUGGUUCGUAUGUUGUUUCGGGCGGUGAUCAUGGGCCCUCCAGGAUCGGGGAAAGGCACGAUCUCGGAUAGGAUCGUUAAACACUUCGCACUCAAGCACCUGUCCAGUGGGGAUUUGCUAAGGCUGAACAUCCAGAGGAAGACAGAAAUUGGGAUUGUUGCCAAGUCUUGCAUAGAUCAAGGCCAGCUCGUUCCAGAUGAUGUCAUCACCCACCUUAUUCUACAGGAACUAAACAACAUAGGAGAACACAACUGGCUGCUAGAUGGAUUUCCAAGAACUGUCCCUCAAGCCCAGGCUCUCGAUAAGGCUCAUGAAAUAAGCACGGUCAUUGAUCUGAAUGUGCCAUUUCAAACCAUUAAGGAUCGUCUGACAGCCCGGUGGAUCCACCCUGGUAGUGGCAGAGUAUAUAACACUGAAUUUAAUCCACCUAAAGUCUCGGGAAUUGAUGAUAUUACUGGAGAGCCUUUGAUUCAGCGUGAGGAUGACAAGCCAGAAACUGUUACCAAGAGACUUAAAGGUUAUGAGGCCCUUACCAAACCUGUACUGGAAUAUUAUCAAAACAAGGGUGUACUGAACACAUUUUCUGGGACAGAAACCAACAAGAUCUGGCCCCACGUUCAUUCAUUCCUGCGUACAAAGCUGCCUGAAGAACUCCAGGAGUAACUGAU